AUGUGGCUCUGGCGUUACAUCCCUCUCUCACUACUGGUGGCGGUCUGCGGGGUUUCGUCCUCACAGCUGCCGUGGCAUUCUACAUUGACCGACAAGCCCAGGACUCUGGUCGAAGUACUCAACAGAGACGACGACUAUUCUCUCUUGCUCUCCCUCCUACAAAGGACACGUCUGAUCCCGACCCUCAACAAGCUCAACGGUAGCACCUUCUUCGCACCCACGAAUGACGCAAUUAAACGUCGUUCUGGAAAGGAUGGUCUUCUACAACGAGCGUUGGAAGGCGAUGACCUCGGGGUUCCCGAUAAUGUGCAAGAAGAGCUCAGACAACAGUUAUUCUAUCACUUGCUCAAUUACACCAUCCCAGUACCCGUGGAGCAGGCCACCCAGACCCUGAAGACCUUGCACUUCCCUAGGCGAUCCAUAAGCCCACCUACCCACAAGCCUCCGCCGUCUCCUCCAUGGCUGCCAAUUCCGGAGGGUACACUUGGCGGGGAGCCGCAGCGACUGAGACUGACGUCACGAGAUAAGUCCCUGUGGGUGGGUACCGAUUCAUUCGGUCAAGGAGGUGUAGAGGUGGUCAAGGAGAGGACGGUUGCAAGCAAUGGUGUCGUAUACGGGAUUUCUGACAUGCUCCAAGUGCCGCCAAGCCUGGCCAACAUCGUUGGAAAUGAAACGUCGUUGUCUUACCUUCGAACAAUCCUUACACCAGAUCUUGAGGAUUUUCUGAACGACACCUCGUGCCUGUCUCUCUUCAUGCCUGUGGAUGCUGCCUGGGAAUCUAUCGACCCACUUGAACGACUUUACUUAGAAAGCGCGUUCGCGGAGGAUGACCGUCGGCGGAUCCUAGACAUGCACUCCGUCGUUGAAGAAGGUGUCAAAUGGUCUGAAUCAUUCUCAUCUUCAACUAAGAUGACCACCGAGUACGGUUCCAUCCUUGAUGUCGAGGUUUCGUCCAAAGGCGCGACAAUAAACGGUACCAAGGUCGUCCAACCUGAUGUCUACGCCAGCAAUGGUGUCUUGCACCUCGUGUCUUCACUCCUUAUACCUCCCGGUGCUCUUCAGCUCACUCCGGAGAAAUACCUCCUUACAUUGAAUUGCACAUCUUUCGUCUCGCUGUUACACUCCGUAAACCUCACUCACCUUGUUAACAACUCGGACCAUCACUACACCAUACUUGCACCAAAGGAUGAUGUGCUUUCAUUCUUCAACGACGGAUUGCCCAAAGCAGGAAGCGAAGAGUUGAAACAGAUAUUGCAGUAUCACUUCAUUCCUGGGAUUUGGGCGCCCAAAAAGCUUGACCAUGGGGCACUGCUCGAGACUGAGCUCCGUGAGCCAGGUUUGGAUAAUGGAAGACAGGUACUCCAAGUUGAAGUUCAUAAUGGAGAGAAAUCAGCGGCCGAUUCCAAGCAUAUUUCCUUCGGAGGUGCUGGUAUUAUUGGCGAACAUGUGGACUUGAACAAUACUAUUAUCUAUUUCAUUUCGCGACCUCUUGAACCCCCUGUUGACCCCUUGCAAACCGCGUUGCCGUCCCUUGAUCUGUCAUCCUUCUUGGCAGCUGUAUUCUCAACGUCGCUCGCAGACGUGAUCAAAAAGACGCCCCGCACCACCUUUCUUAUCCCACGCAAUAGUGCAUUCAAGCGUCUGGGUCGUUUGGUCAGCGAUCACUUACUCGCGGCAUCCUCGAAAGCCGACCUGGAGAAUGUUAUUCUACACCAUGUGAUCGACAGCGUGCGAUACUCAAAGAGCCUUGUUAAUGAAUCUCAACACACGUUCGCCACUCUGGAAGGGUCUGACCUACAGCUGGAGCGGGCUGACAACGGUUCUGUCUUUAUCCGUGCCAGCGGAGGUUGGACUGACACACAAAGCGCAUUAUAUCCGCAAAACCUGCUUACCGAAACCGGUGUGAUCCACGAAGUCUCUGACCUGAUGAUUCCACGUACAGUCGAGCUGAAUGUCGGGAAAUUGAUGAAAGCAGCGAAAGCAACAACUAUGGCAAGCAUGAUAACGAAGGCUGGUUUUGACUGGGUUUUGAAUGGGACAGCUCCACCCGAGGAUUCAGAGUGGACGGGUAGAGGCCUUGAUGGCGCGAGCUGGACAGUGCUUUGUCCAACCGAUGAUGCUUUCAAGGAAUUCAACUUGACAGAACUCCUCCAAGACCAGGAAGCCCUACGAUCUGUCGUCAGCCAGCACCUUAUUCCCACCCCCCCGUUGUCUAUUUCCAGCGGUUCGGGCACCGUUGAUCCGAACAACAACAACCGCCCACUGCCCCUUUACGACCUCGGCACAUACUCGACGCUCUUGUCACCAUCCUCUGCCUACGGUGACAUAGUGUUCCGAACUCUGGAAGACAAGACAGGAUCUGAGUACAUGGUUGGGAUCAAAGGUGCUCGAGGGACCGACGGCAAAGCUGAUUGGGCGCGAGUGCUUGGCUGGGGACGAACUACUACUGGGAGUGGUACUGGUGGCGUCAUUCAAGUCGACCAGUUGCUGAUGCCAUAUCUUCCCAAGUGGUGGGUAGAGUAUGGUCCACCAUCAUUCGUUGGUGCGGUUGGGAGUGCCGAGGCGCAAUCACCGGAAGACAACAAGAGCUUGGCAGGCGAAAAUGUCAAGUCCUUCACUGCAGGAGGGUUUGGGGGUGUCUGUGCGGUACUAGUGGGUCACCCCUUUGAUUUGACCAAAACGCGUCUUCAAACCGCCGCAGCUGGUCAAUAUACCGGAGCAAUUGAUGUUGUCAGAAAGACACUCGCCCGUGACGGCGUUACUGGAUUGUACAGAGGUAUUGUGCCUCCGUUACUGGGCGUAACGCCUAUCUUUGCUAUGUCUUUUUGGGCCUACGAUGCAUCAAAGAGUUUGAUCUACGCAUUUACCCCAAAUCGCACCAGCGGAACGCUAUCGACUUUGGAACUUGCUACGGCUGGGUUUCUGUCCGCUGUGCCGACCACCCUAGUGACCGCGCCAGUGGAGCGGGCGAAGGUAGUGUUGCAGGUGCAAGGGCAAGGGACAUCGAGUACGCAAUACAAGGGUGUCGUCGAUGUAAUGCGGCACCUUUAUCGAGAAGGUGGUAUCCGAAGUAUAUUCCGGGGAACCGGGGCAACCCUCGCUCGCGAUGGACCCGGAAGUGCUGCGUACUUUGCUGCAUAUGAAGUUACCAAGAAAUCGUUGAUACCCAGAGAGUCGACAUCGGGUGAUCUCAAUCUGGGAGCUAUCAUUUUCGCUGGCGGCACUGCAGGCGUGGCGAUGUGGUCGUUGGCUAUACCGCCAGAUGUCCUGAAAUCCCGUUUGCAAUCAGCACCCGCCGGAACCUAUUCUGGCUUAUUCGAUUGCUUCAGGAAAACCGUAGCACAGGAUGGUAUCACUGCGCUGUGGAAAGGAUUUGGACCGGCGAUGGCCAGAGCUUUCCCUGCAAAUGCUGCUACCUUCCUCGGGGUUGAAGCAUCAAGAAAGCUGCUGGAUAGUUUAUUCUGA